GGGAUACAUGUUUUCUAUCAGAGAAUAGAAAGGGGUAAUAGAGAUAGAGCCGCCGCCAAAAUGCAGAUCUUCGUGAAAACUCUUACGGGGAAGACGAUCACGCUUGAAGUUGAAUCGAGCGACACUAUUGACAAUGUCAAAGCUAAGAUUCAAGACAAGGAAGGUAUUCCACCGGACCAGCAGCGAUUGAUCUUCGCCGGAAAGCAGCUCGAAGAUGGACGUACUCUAGCUGAUUACAACAUUCAGAAAGAGUCAACUUUGCAUUUGGUUUUGAGGCUUCGUGGAGGGAUUAUUGAGCCUUCUCUGAUGGCUUUGGCAAGGAAGUACAAUCAGGAGAAGAUGAUUUGCCGCAAGUGUUAUGCUCGCCUACAUCCUCGUGCUGUUAACUGCAGGAAGAAAAAAUGUGGGCACAGCAACCAGCUGAGGCCAAAGAAGAAGAUCAAGUAGGUGUGAUACCUUGUUUAGCAGAACGGUGUAUUGCAGUUAUACCUCCAGUCUGUGGUCUUGCAAUUUUUUGUCCUGCUUCAACUUGCUGUAAUGGAUAGUCUAGCAUUUUGUUGAACUGAAAGUUUGUUGUUAAAAGAUAUCACUAUGCACCCAAUCUAUGACUAUUUCGAUGAAGUUUUUCAUGUUAUCCUGACAAGUACAAGCCUUCACUAUCAUGAUUUAUUCACAUCCAUUUGAGAACUGUUA